AUGGAUCCAAAGGUGUAUAGCAAAGCAUUGAUUGCAGUAAGUGUUAUUUUAUUUCCAUAAAUAAAAUGGCAUUCGGUCCGAGAGAAAUUAGCUCUGCUAAUUUUCUCUCCUUCUGUACAGCAAUAGCAGCUUAACUCUGGCAAAUAAGCCGAGGCACUGCUCCAAGCACAUCAAGAGGCUCGAAGUUUUACCUCUCAGCACACCCGAGGAAGGUGACCCUUAGGCGGAACACACGCAGGAGUUGAAUUAAGGAAGAGCGAGGCGAACGCAGCCCGUCAAAGCCGGAACCAUCGUAUUUGUACCGUGCCCUGGCACAACAAAGUGGAUCGAUCCAGAGGUCCAUGGACCUGACACAUGGAUAAACAUGGUGGAAGCCCUGGACAAGGUGACCCCGUAGUGGACGUUAAACGUUAUAAAUAAUUAAGUAAGUAAGUUAUUUUAUUAUUUUCUGGUGCAAUAUAUCAACUUUCUAACCCGAAUAGUUUUUUGCACGAAAGAGCAGCCAGAAAAGAUUUCGUCUUAAAAUAAUUCUCUGUUUAAUUAUAUAAAAAAUAUAUUAUUUAUAAAAAUACCCCAAAAAGAUGAUAUUGGUGCAGAUCAGACAAAUAUGGAGUCAAGACUCCCUGAAACAUCAACUCAACUAGGUGCAUUGGCAGGAUUAAAACGAGAUUCAACGCCUGGCAGACCAUAA